GGAAACCGCCACCUAACAUCCUAUCCGUAUUCUUCCUUAACGGCCACUCAAUUCUUGUGUUAUACCCUGGCUAGGUCCGAUCUUAUUGUCCUAAUGUCGAUUUUCGCUACUGCUCAAUAAUAUCCUGUUCCUUCGUCGUCUGAAGGUGCUCACGUUUUCCCCCGUCCGUCUGACUUGGGUCCUGCAGAAGCACUUGCCGCGCCCAAGUCAUUUACAUAUCUUGAACCCUCCAACUUGCGUUCCGAGGAAUCCGUUUGCAUUGGAGAUAGGGACAGCUUCUGACCUGGGGAGGUUCCAUCGAUUUUGUUUUGAGGGGUCCAGACGAAAGUGGGUGUUGAAUAGUUAACUUUGCGGUUUCAACACUACUGCACCAACCCUCCGCGGCCCUGGCGCAGGAUUCCGAGACCUUUACCCUUUUUGUUUACGAGUAACUAGGAACUUGUCACAGGAAUAAUUAACCAAUAAGGUUUGCUACGAUGGGAUUACCGAGGAGAUGGCAAUUCAAGCCUCAUUUCAACUUCAUUACUGUACAUUAUGCAUACGUCAUUGGGAUGGCCAUCAUCGGCUCGGUCAUAAUUUAUCCUUACAAGAAUAUGCGGUACAUUGACGCAUUGUUCUUUGCUGCUGGUGGAGCCACACAGUCUGGUCUGAAUACAAUUGAUGCCAACCUUCUGAAACUCUACCAGCAGGUCGUGAUCUACUUUCUGCCGAUGCUUACAACCCCAAUAUUUAUAAACACUUUAGUUGUCUUUGUGCGUCUAUACUGGUUUGAAAAGCGGUUCGAGAAUAUCGUCUCUUUGACCCGGCAGCCGUCGAGAGCGAGGUCUGCGCUUUCUAAGGGAACUUUGGAUGACAAUGUGGAAUCUGGGAGAGAAGGGGCGGGGGUUCGUGGGAGGGAAAUCACAGUCCUACGCGCAGAGCCAGGAACGCCAUUGAAUCUAAGCAAACAAUCAUUGAGCCCCGGACCUGGCAAGAACACAGAGGAUCGCCCCCGUAGUAUGGAUUCUGAUAUCGCCCCAGAGAGUGUUAGAUCUCAAACUCUACAGGGGAGAAGUAGCUCGGAUGGUGUGCAUGGAAGUGAUAGUUCCGGUGUUGCUUCGUCCGCUACCGAAGGGCCACAAACUCAGCGACAAAAUUCCGAAGCUACCGGAAUCCAAUUCGUGGAUCUCCCUUCGCCAUCCAGAGAUGGGGCGGGUUGCAUGAGCGCUUUCACUAGCCCCCAUAUCGCAUUUACCGAGACGCAAAGGAAUUGCGUCCAUGGGAAAGCACUCAGGAUUCCCGGACCGAGGGAGUUCGAGAAGGGUUGCCGGGCCCAGGAGAUUGAUGAGGACGAUAUUGGCACUCUCCAUCGCAGUAGAACUACGGCUGAGGGAGACCGGAAUCAUGAUGUUGGAAGUCCUGCUUCAAGAACGAUGAGUUUGGGCAAUGGAGUCAAUGGGUCAAACAAUGUCCGCCAGCGGAAAUUACCUCCUCUCGAGCAGUUCUUGCCACGUGCUUCUACUGUUGAGCGCGUAAUAUCUUCUGCGUUUUCUGUGGGACAGCACCCAAAACGGAGAAACACGAGUCCAUUCUCGAGAUUGUCAAGGAAGACGGCCAAGGAGCCCCCGAAUAUGCCUUACUUGUCAUAUACCCCUACUUUAGGAAGGAACUCGCAGUUCGUGGGCUUAUCAGAUGAAGAGCGUGACGAACUGGGUGGAAUUGAGUAUCGGAGUUUGAAGCUAUUGGCAAAAGUCUUAGUUGGUUACUAUUUAUUUUUCCAUGUAUUUGGCGUCGUUUGUUUUACGCCUUGGAUCUGGGCCUCGGGUGGCUAUAUGGAUUAUGUGAGAUCGAUUGGCGUGAAUCCAACAUGGUGGGCUAUCUUCUCUGCGCAGACUGCUUUCAAUGACCUUGGGUUUACCCUUACACCAGAUUCCAUGGUGUCUUUCCAAUCCGCCACAUUUGUCCUCAUCAUCAUGACUUUCCUUAUUAUUAUUGGAAAUACCGCCUUUCCUUGCAUGCUCAGGUUGAUUAUUUGGAUUAUGUUCAAACUCUGCCCCAAAGAGUCUUCGCAUAGAGAAUCGCUCAAUUUCCUUUUGGAUCAUCCUCGUCGUUGCUUCACUUUGCUGUUCCCGAGUUGGCCUACUUGGAUGCUAUUCUGGAUCGUCAUUGUCCUCAAUUGUGCCGAUAUUAUUCUCUUCAUCGUCCUGGAUCUGAAUGACGGCGACGUUACUGAGAUACCGGUGGGACAUAGGAUAAUGGGCGCCAUUUUCCAAGCCGCUUCUACGAGGACGGCUGGGUUGGCAGUUGUGAACCUGGCAGACCUGCACCCCGCGGUUCAAGUUAGUUAUAUGCUCAUGAUGUAUAUUUCGGUAUUCCCAAUUGCUAUCAGUGUCCGAAGGACCAACGUGUACGAGGAAAGCUCCCUCGGUAUCUACGCUAAUACGGAUGACGAAGACAACGGCAGAGGAGCAUCUUUUGUAGGAGCCCAUUUGAGGAAACAGCUGUCUUUUGACUUGUGGUAUAUCUUUUUGGGUCUUUUCAUUAUUACAAUAUCCGAGGGGUCCCGUAUCCAAGACCCCAAGGAUUAUGCGUUCACGACUUUUGCGAUUCUGUUUGAGGUGGUUUCUGCUUACGGCACUGUUGGCCUAAGUUUGGGAUAUCCAAAUAGCAACGCAUCCUUCUCUGCCCAAUUCGGCGUUAUUGGAAAACUGGUUAUUAUUGCUAUGGAGAUCCGUGGAAGGCACAGAGGUCUCCCGUAUGAGCUUGACCGUGCGAUUCUCCUACCCAGUGAGUCCCUUCAGCAGAAAGAAGCCCAAGAUGCACAGUUACGUGCGUUGCGUCGAAGAGGAUCGAGUUUCACUCAGGUUGGUGGAAGGCCAUUGACUGGGGUCCGCUCUGUCCAGUCACAAGCCAUUGGAGAUGAUUGAAUUAGAAUCAUGAUUGGGUAAGAUGGCAACCACGGCUUUUCUCGUUCUCUUUUUCUUCUUUAAAUUUAUACUUGUACGUUUUCCUUUUCACCGGUAGAUUAGGCGUGGGGCGUUUCUUACUCCUUUUUCCAACAAUACCCAGAGUUUGGGGUUUUAUAGAUUGCUGCAGGUGCGGAUUGCGGUGUGAUAGGAUGGGUUAUAAGCCUGUUACUAGUUCUGGUAUUGCCUACUUAUACGCGUAUUAGCACAUAUUGUUACGCCAAAUUCAAAAGCGAUUUAUGUAUGACAUAACAAUAUUA